GAAAUCUCGGGUAUUUACCAAAAAAAAUAAUCAUUUUUAGUUUGCUGACGAUUUACAAGCUCUGGACGAAUGGUAUUUUAUAAACAACUGAGGGACUCUAGUGAAGCAUUCAAUGGUGGCCUGUGUUCUUUGUUUGAGCCUCUGCUCAUCUGAGACGGCACUAGGCCUGUCCUCGGUGGAGGGACUGCGGCUAAAUGUUCGUGCAAAAAUUAGCAAACAUUUUUUGUUCUUUGAAUUACCCCAAUCAGAGGGCAGCUCCACCAAAUCUUUGGAGGUAAUAUGCCAGGAUUGCUGGCAGAUUGUGCGCUCCUUUAAUGAGUUCUACGAUCGGGUCUUUGAAUUGCAUCAACAUCGAAGCGGAGCUGAGGAGUUUUGUGACGAAAGUGCCGGAGUUAAUCCCUUAUAUGCAGUCGAAUUGGAUGCCUUGGCCGAGGAGGGAUUCUUUGCGCCAAACGAGAUUAAAUUGGAAGUCAAUGAGCUGGAACCACUGGGCAAAAUGGAGGUGGACACAGAGCUAGAGGAUCCAGUGUAUACGAAAGAAAAGAAACAGCUGCUGGCCAGCGAUUCAGAUGGCGACCGACCAUUGGCCGAACUCCUGUCCAUAGCUACUGAAGCAGCACCCCGAAGGCGUAGCACACGACGAGGGCGCCCACCGAAAAUUCGAAAAGAAUCUCCACCUUCUCCAAAGCAAAUGAAAAGGGAGUUUGAAUCGGAUGACGAUGCCCACGAUAUGGAUUUUGUUGCUGCCGAAGCUGUUUUAGGAACCGAUGAUUCCGCUAGCUCCUCCGAUGAAGAUGACAACUCCAGUCGCAUCCAUUCGGAUGGUGACUCUUUGCCAGACAUUGAACCCGAGGAGCGUUAUGCGGAAAUUCCAAAACGUGUGGUAGUCAAGCCCAAAAAGUAUCGCAAACGUCCUAAGCCAGUGGUUCCACCUGUCCGUCUCAGUCGUGAGGAGAUCGAACGGCGCAAGGAACAGCAAAAUGAAUAUGAUGAGAUAAUAUUGUCAUUCUUCAAGAAAUUCCCCUGUGACAUUUGUAAUUUGCUUGUACAGAAUUUUGCAGACAUGCGACGCCAUCAGCGCAUGUCGCACAACAUUGAAUCGGGCUACAUCAAUUGCUGUGGACGCAAAUUUCACAUACGCAAGGCGCUGGCCGAGCAUGUGCUAGUUCAUAGAAAUCCGGAUCAUUUUAUGUGUUCCCAAUGUGGAAGAGUUUUGCAGGAUUCACGAACACUUGAAUUGCACGAGCAAUCCCAUUCGACGGAAGCAGAUGGAACGGGUUCGGGCACUGGUACUGGGGGAGAAACCAAGGAAAAACGAACCUAUCAGUGCGAAAAAUGUCCAAAAAGUUUUACUACAAAGGCGGCCAUUGAGUAUCAUAAUGUGUCCAAGCAUGUGCCCAAAUCAGAGUUCAAAUUCACUUGCCCCGAGUGCAAUAAAAAAAUUCCCACGGAACGUAAACUGAAGGAACAUUUGCGUUAUAUGCACGAUCCUGAAACCGCCAUUAUAUGCGAUAAGUGUGGAAAAACUCUACGCUCACAAACGAAUCUCAAGAAGCAUCACGAGCUCGAACAUUCCGAUGAGCCGCGUCCCAAACCGGAUCCAGUGCAAUGUGAAAUUUGUGGGACAUGGCUACGACAUCUCUCAGGGCUGAAGCAGCAUAUGAAUACGGUGCACGAGCCACCCGGUGGAGAGCAUCGCUGUCAUAUAUGCAAUAAGACAUCCACCAAUUCCCGUGCCCUCAAGCGUCACAUCUAUCACAAUCAUUUGUGUGAAAGGAAGUUCAAGUGCGGCAUGUGCGAAAAGGCUUUUAAGCGACCACAGGAUUUGAGGGAACACACAUCAACGCACACCGGUGAAGUGCUAUACACCUGUCCGAAUUGCCCAAUGACAUUCUUUUCAAAUGCCAACAUGUACAAGCAUCGCCAGCGUUUGCAUCGCGCUGAAUGGGAAGCCGAUCGCAAGAAGCCAUUGCCGCCAAAUAUUAUGAAAAUCUCACAGGGGGCCACGACGGCGAUGAAGAAACGUCAAGCAGCAGCAGCUGGUCUUUUUCCUCAAAUGGAUGGCAUAGAUGUCGCCUCUUCAACUCCUCCUCCUGCUCCUCCCUCAGUCCAGUAGCAUUAAUUUUUAUGGUAUUAAGUAUUUAUGACGUAUAGAUAAAGGAGAGAAAACUCAUCAAAUGCACCCCAUAAAUAUAAAUAAGUAGAUUUACAAUU